AUGGCGGAACCCGGAGCGCCUCUGAACUUGGAUCCCGCCUUCCUGGCGGAGAACAGGGCAGAAGUUCUCCAAAGAAUAGCCAUCUCCCUUGCCGUCAUCACGACGGCCAUGAUGGCGCUUCGCUUCUACGCCAAGGUUCGUUUCCAAUCGCCAGGCAUCGAACUGUUCGAUAUCUUUCUCAUCGCUGCCUACAUCAUCACCCUGGGAAUGUGCGCCCUGGGUAUAAUCGGCGGCGUCGGGCAACACGUGGCCCUUUUCCAGCAACCGGGCGGCGACAAGGCCAAGCUGCGCGGCUGGGCUCAGUGCAUCCUGGCCUUUGAGAUCAUCUACUUCACGUCUGUCGCCCUGCCCAAGAUCGCCAUCAUAUUCAUGUACAUCCAGGUCUUCAACUGGCGCAACACGAGGCGCCGCGUGGCCUGGGCCCUCGUCGCCAUCAACGCCUCCCUGGCUAUCUCCCUGGUCGGCGCGGCCUGUUUCCAGUGCAUCCCCUUGGCCUAUUGGUGGGACCGCUCCAUCCCGGGCGGCAGGUGCUUCGACAUCCAGGCCUUUUUCCACGCCCAGUCCGUCCCGGGAUUCAUCCUGGACCUCUUCAUCAUGGCGCUGCCCCUCCAGUCCAUCUGGGAGCUAAAGCUGCCGCUGAUCAAGAAGAUUGCCUUGGCUUUGAUCUUUCUUAUUGCCAGUUUCGGCAUCGUCGCGUCCGUUGUCCGCGCUCGCAUCUUCUUCAGCACGUCCGCGUUUGAAGACCGCACCUGGGCCUCGGUCGAGCUGGUCGGCUGGUCCAUCAUAGAAUCCGGAACCUACGUCGUGACCGCCUGCCUACCACACAUGAAGCCCAUCUUCUCGCACUACACGCCUCAGGCCGUCAAGGACUUUGGCCGCGGCGCCUUCUCCAAGGCCUCGUCCGCGCUCUCGGGCAGCAAGUCCUUCAGCACCAGCUCGAGCGGCAAACGCUCCCGCCGCCGCGGCGACAUGGACAUCCACAAGAGCGGCGACGACAUUGACCACGUGGAGCCCGUGCGCCUCGCCAGCCUCGACGUGAGCCGCCCGCCGCGCCACCCCGCCAUCAACGGCGGCGGCGGCAGUUACGACGACGACGACGACAGGAACCCCUUUUGGGCCGCCGAGCCCCGGGAUACAAGCGGGCCAGGAGGGCGGGUCGAGUGCUGCUGCGGGUCAGAGAGGCAGCAGGUCUGCGUCGGUGCCUGGGCCCAAGGAUGUCCUGGUGACGACCAAAGUGACGGUUACUACUAA